AUGUCUCUGUUGCGGGGAUUCAAGACGAUCUUGGGCUCGGGUUCGUCGUCGCAGCACUCUACAGGCUUCACCACUGCGCGAACAGAGACAGACCUAUUUCCUGUGACGCGGCCGGAGAUCGACGGCGAAGAAUGCCUGAGAGACUGCGAUUCUUGCACAACGCACUACCCCAAGAAGUUCUCUAUUGACGAGAGCGACAAGCUGUAUGGCCACGUCAAGGGAUGGAACACCCAUCUCAUCGUGGGCACGGGGCAGUCCGACUGGGUUCGCGAUGUCACAGACAUCAAACACACUGUCAUGCACGCCGUAGGCAAAGCUGGAGUAGAGAGAGAGAACGGGAAGAUCAUGCUCAGCGCAAGUAACAUGCCUAGUGGCGCGGACGACCACGAUGAUACUGUUGAACAAGGCACAAGCGACUGUAUGUUACUGCCCAGUUGGGUCAUGAUCGAGAAGGUUGCGCCGAGUCAAGUCGACAAGUUGUUGACUGAGGUGGUAGAGCAGAGUGUCACGAACGAAACACCUCUUACGCAGAUAGCACAAGAGCAGAACGGGCAUGCACAAACGCCGGCCGUCAAUGGAGAAGGUCAAACGUCAGAGAACGCAGAUGAAUCGAACAACAGACUCGACCCUGCACCCGUACCUGCCUCGAUAUCCUCAUCAUUCACCAUCAAACAUAUUCCACACGAUUAUCUUAUUCUAAUGUGCAGUCACAAGACCCGAGACGCCAGGUGUGGGCAAUCGGCGCCUCUUCUGCGAAAAGAAUUCGAACGCAUAUUGAGACCUAUGGGUUUAUAUCGAGAUAUCCAUGACGAAAGACCUGGUGGUGUAGGGAUAUAUUUUAUCAACCAUGUGGGUGGCCACAAGUACAGUGCCAACGUAAUGGUCUAUCGAAGAGAAGGACGGAGGAAGGAUGGGACGGACGAGGAGAUCGACGGCGCUCCACUGGCGAGAGAAGCGGUACAGCUGAUCUGGCUGGCUAGGGUGCGGCCUGAGGAUUGUGAGAAUAUCGUAAAGUACACCGUCCUUCAAGGGAAGGUGGUCAAGCCGAAGAGUCAGUUACGAGGUGGUUUUGAUCGAGAGAGGGGUCUGACGAGCUGGUGA